AUGAUGAGAUCAAGGCAGCUGGAAGAAGAGGAAAGAGAAGAGCAGCUAGAAGAGAUUCGUAAUCGUGAAGCUGCAACCGAGUUUGAGAAGGGAAAUGAAGUAGAGAAAGGCAGCAUAAAGGUGAAGAUAGUGCUUACAAAAGAGGAGCUAGAGUUGUUUUUGCUGAAGCUGAAGAAUAACAAUGGAGGGAAGAGCUUAGGGGAUCUUUUGGCGGAAAUGGAGAAAGCAAGAUCAGGAAAAGUUGAUUCCUGGAGACCUUCAUUGGAGAGUAUCAUGGAAGACGCCGACCCUGAAGGACUUGAAAUGGACAGAUCAUGA